AUGACCGAACCAGCGACUACCACCAUCGGAAGCGGCCUGCUUCACGAUGUACAUGAGAAUCAAGACUGUUCUCAGACAACCCAAAAGAAUGCCACAACGGAUGAUUUCAGUGGCUUGGAGGAUCAGCCAAACCUGCGGAACGGAUCCAGUCGAUCGACCCUCGACGAACUGGAGGAUCUGAAGGCCAAAGUGGCUGCGCUGACUGCGAGGCUGGACGAGAUGACUGGAAACAACCAAUGUGGAACGCAACCACGUAUUGACGAGGGUGCGAAAUCUGGGAAGAACACUGAAGAUAGCUCCGAGGAAGAUGAAUCUGAGGACGACGACUCUGAGGACAUCGACUAUGAGGACGUCGACUAUGAGGAAGACGACUCUGAGGAAGAAGACUCCGGGAAAGGAAACUCUGAGGGAGAAGGCAUACCCGAGCAACUCUGCCUCGAAAUCAAGCGGCUGUCGCUAGACACUUGGAGUACUUACAAAGAUCUAAAACGCAAAGAAGUUUCCGAGAACGUCCUUGUUGUGUACCAGAAGCCAGUGGCUAUACGAAACCCGGGCAAAGAAGAGGUUUUGGACACCGGCUCCCAAGACGGGUGGCCUGAGGAACGGAUCCAGCACAUACCGUAUCGGCUUCAGAUUAACUCGCGUCCCCUUCUUCAAGCGCUGAAAGCUAUCACUAACACACGGAUGCCUUCUGCGCCCUGUGUUAUGGUCCCACCAUUCAAAGCCAUCAUCGGUAGCCAUGAUAAGAUACAGAAGGUACUUGAGAGGAAGGAAACUGCAAUCAGCCAAUACCAGCAGCAGAAAGAUGAAAAUUCUACAUCAAUCGGACUUGCAACGUUAGAGAAACCCAGGAUGGAGGAGGAGUUGAAGAAUCAAAGGAUUGUCGCAGACCAUCUAAAAUGCCUUCUUCAGUUUAUUGAAGUAGACUUGAAGGAGACCUUGGAGUUACGGAGCAAGAUUAAGGAUGGAACCCUGAAGAGUAUCUCUUUCAGCAACUUGUGGCAUCUUUUCACGCACGGAGAUGUCAUUUUUCCCAACCCCGAGAUCAUUGGACGCUCUAGGAGGGAGUGUUCAUACCAUCACGCAUUCAUUCUUUGGUCCGUAUCAGACGGACGCCCUACAAUGCCAAAGAAGCAGUUCAAGAUGGAGUCAAAUCCCUUCGCCUUAAUAGGCAUGGAGGACGGUCCCAGAGCUACUAAUGAGUUGUCAGAGGGGCUCUGCAAGCCGUUCAGAUUGGACCUUUACUAUGCAGCCUAUGAUGGCGAGUGUCUGACACCUGACGGGUACAAUUACAGCAUCGAAGAAUACCGGGGAGAGAAGCAAAUCACUAAUCUUCCAUUUUACCCAGCCAGAUUUUGCCCUCACUACAGCCAGACGUAUCAGGAGCUGAUCAGACGUGGGAAACAUUAUAUUCAGCUUCUGAAAGAUUCCUACAACCAGUAUCAAGGGCUGACUAUGGGUGACGAUCCGGAAGAGGUAGAUGGAGAAGUAGUCACGGAUUCAAAAACUGGGUACUCGAUGGACAGCAAAGACGCCAAGCUCAGAAGAUACGACUUUAACAGUGCACGAUUGAAAGGUGAUGAGGAUGAGUGGAAGGAGUACGCUAUCGUUGGGGGCACCAGCUACGAUGACGAACGUUUCGAAGAUGAAACAUUUGAUCAAUCUGAGGCCUUGCAGCCAAUAGACCCCGGAGAACCGACGCAGAUGAAGAAUAUCACGGACAAUCACUACCUUCUCUUGGGCAAAGAUAUACUCGGAUUUGUGUUGCGGAUCCGCAAGUGGAACGUUGAUCUUGUUCGAAAGCCUGUAGAAACCAUGGAAGGAGACAAAACGUCUUUUGAUGAACUCGCCAUCAAGGAGAGCUACAAGAAAACAAUUCUCGCCCUCGUUCAAAGUCAUUUCGCCGGCCCAGACUCGCUCAAACAACGCAUCCAGCAGGGCGAGUCCGUAUCUAUGGACCUAGUGAAAGGGAAGGGGAGAGGUCUUGUGAUCCUUCUUCACGGUGCUCCGGGAGUGGGCAAGACUUCUACUGCGGAAACCGUCGCUGCUCACACAAAGCGCCCACUCUACCCAAUUACCUGCGGAGAUCUAGGUGUGACAGCCAGGGGAGUUGAGAAGGCUCUGGACAUGCAUUUUCAGCUGGCCCACAAAUGGGGAUGCGUCUUGUUGCUCGAUGAGGCAGAUGUUUUCCUGGCAAGGAGACAAGCAGGCGAUGUUAAGAGGAAUGCACUUGUAUCUGUAUUCCUGAGAACGCUCGAGUACUAUUCUGGAAUCCUGAUUCUCACAACUAACCGCGUCGGCGAAAUUGACGAGGCGUUCCAUUCCCGCAUCAAAAUGUCGUUCUAUUACCAGCCUCUGAAUGAAAAGCGUACGAUACAAAUAUGGAAAAAUUCUCUGGACAAGAUCAAGGAAGCCGCCAAGCGAAACAAGGAAAAGGGCACCAUCAUCAAGAUUGACAACGAUGAGAGGGACGAGAUCCUCAAGUUCGCCAAAGACCACUUCAAUGAGAAUUCCAAAAACAAGAAGAAGCAGCCAUGGAACGGCCGCCAGAUCCGUAACGCGUUUCAGACGUCCCUCGCGCUCGCAGAUUACGACCGACUGGAGGAACUAGAGAGCAAGAUUGAGAAAGGAAAAAUCACAUUAUCCGACAUCGAAGCGAAACCUAAAUACCGGACUGUGAAGCUCAAAGUCAAGCAUUUCAGGCAGGUUGCAAAAGUCACGGCAGACUAUCACAAAUACGUCACUACGGUACAGAAAGGAAAGACAAAUGAGACCUUGGCGGCCAUGCAUCAACUCCGAGCGAAUGACUCGGAACUCGAUGCACCGGCAAACCAGCGAGCUAUCCAACAGGCUGAAGGAUCUUCGAGGGGAAAGCAAAGGACAAAUAAGGCCAAGGAGGCCCGUGUGCCGACGCCUGUUUUGAGAUCGGAUACAGAUAGUGAGAAGGCCGAUACCGACAACGAUGGCGGGGAUGACGAUGACGAUGGCAAUGAUGAUAGUGAGAGCAGUGAUGAGAGCGAUGAUUGA